AUGGGGCUAAUUCAAUUCUUUCUAGCCCUUCUCUCUCUCUCCCUCUUCGUUUCUCCGGCCAUUUGCAGAUACCCACCGGCCGAGGACAUAAAAUCAUGGUGCGGCAAAACCCCCCACCCUCAACCCUGUGAGUACUUCUUGGCUCAUGACUCUAAAUAUGGCCGUCCGAUCAAACAAAAAUCUGAUUUUUUCAAGCUCUCAUUGCAACUAGCCCUAGACAGGGCCAUGCAUGCCCAAACCAACUCUUAUAGCCUCGGCUCAAAGUGCCGGGAUGAGAGAGAAAAGGCUGCAUGGGCUGAUUGUCUUGAGCUCUACGAUUACACAAUUCAGAAACUCAACAAAACUAUUGAUCCAAACACUAAAUGCAGCCAAGUUGAUGCUCAGACAUGGCUCAGCACAGCCCUGACCAACCUCGAAACCUGCAAAACCGGGUUCAUGGAGCUUGGGGUUACAGACUAUGUCAUGCCCUUAAUGUCAAACAAUGUCUCUUCCUUGAUCAGCAACACUUUGGCCAUGAACAAAGACCCAUAUGGCGAGCCCAGUGGCCCGAGUUACAAAGAAGGGUUCCCGAGUUGGGUCUCUUCCGGUGACCGGAAACUCUUACAAUCAGCAUCACCGGUUCCUACGGCCAACAUUGUGGUGGCACAAGACGGGUCCGGGAACUAUAAGACGAUAAAUGAGGCCAUCACCGCCGCAUCGAAGCGGUCGGGAAGUGGGAGGUAUGUGAUUUAUGUGAAAGCAGGGACUUACCAGGAGAGUGUUAAUAUAGGAAACAAGUUGAAGAAUAUUAUGUUAUUGGGUGAUGGUAUUGGGAAGACUAUUAUUACAGGAAGCAAGAGUGUUGGAGGAGGCACUACCCUCUUCAAAUCUGCCACUGUUGGUAAGCGAAACAAAAAUGCUCUCAGUUUUUUGUUCAUUAUUUUGAAAUUUAGUUGA